CUCGCUAUUACGACUCUUGUCUGACUAUUUGCCAUUUUUCUUACUCUUUUUUCCAAUCUCUCGAUUGGCAUUCCAUCGCGUGUUACUACAGAGGAACUGAAAAGAAAAAGAGCAGCAAACCCAUUCAGCACUUUCGAACAUUGAUUUGUCGGGCACCGAUCAGAAAGAAUGAACAUCGCUCGACCAAACGGAACAGAGGUCACUUCAGUGGCAUUCUCCUUUUACGAUGCUGAAGAAAUCAAAAAAAUCUCUGUCAAACAGAUCGUCAACCCUAUUCUCUUUGAUAAUCUUAACCAUCCAACCAAGGGCGGUCUCUAUGACCCGGCAUUAGGUCCUUUUUCAAAACACCAUGUAUGUGCGACUUGCUCCCUGGAUCACUUUGCCUGCCCUGGCCACUUCGGACAUAUCGAGCUACCAUGUCCAGUGUAUAAUCCCAUGUUUUUCCCUCAGAUGUACCAAAUGCUCCGCUCAACAUGUUUAUUUUGCCAUCACUUUAGGAUGUCUAAAAGCGAGACACAUCGAUAUAUCUCAAAAUUACGGUUGUUAAAUAGGGGUCGUUUUUUAGAGUCGAAGGAAAUCGACAACAUCUCUGUGACCAGUAGGAAGAUCAAGGACAAUGGCGACAUGGAGACGGAUGACAACAAGGAAGAGAUCUUAGGAGAGGAUGAAUACAUUGCCAAGCUCGAUACCUAUGUUGAAGCUUGUUUGAAGAAGGCGGUUCAUGGUCAUGAGGAUUACAAGACGACAGUUGUCAACGACGAACGGAAACGUGUUAUUGCAGAAUUUUAUCGUCGUGCCACCAAUGUGAAGAAGUGUAACAAUUGCGCAACUUUUUCGCCCACUUUUCGCAAAGAUGGAUAUGCAAAAAUCUUUGAGAAGCCUUUGACCAAGAAGCAAUUAAUGUACAAUACCGCUCAAGGACGUGAGCAGACCAAUGUUCUUGCAACACAGAUCAAGAAAGCCGCAACCCCGAUGAGUGAUAGCGACUCUUCAACUUCUGAGCACACAGAGGAUGAAGAAGAUGAUGCAGACGAUGAUGCAGAUAUGUCUUCAGCUGGAGAGGAUGUCAAAAAGAAACAAAAAGAAACAAAAGUCGCCAAGACCAAAAAGUCAAGGAACAUUGUUGACAGUGACGAUGAAGAUGCUAUGGAAUUGAAAGACAACAACAAAUACCUUACUCCACUUCACAUCCGUAACCUUCUUCAACGCCUCUUUGUCAUUGAGCAAGAUAUGUGUGCGCUUCUGUACGGCUCAAACGGCCCUCAAAUGCAGAAAAAAUACACAAAAAUCGUCAGCGCAGACAUCUUUUUCCUUGAAAUUUUGCCUGUAGCGCCUACUCGCUUCCGCCCUGCUUCUGUCAUGGGUGACAAAUUGUUUGAGAACCCUCAGAAUGAACAUUUGGGAAAGAUCCUCAACACCUGCGAGCGUCUCCGUGACCUGACUUCAACUAACAAAGCGGAUGAAGCCGCUCUUAAGAACCAAAGACAGGGAUCAUUCAAAUACCUGGUAGAUGCUUGGAUUCAACUUCAGCACGAUGUUAACUCGCUCAUCGAUUCGACCAAGAACCCUGUCAUCAUGCGUGGAGGAAAACUACCUCCCGCUGGCAUCCGACAGGGUCUUGAGAAGAAGGAAGGUCUCUUUCGUAAGCAUAUGAUGGGAAAGCGUGUCAAUUAUGCCGCUCGUUCCGUCAUUUCACCAGAUGUCAAUAUUGAGACCAAUGAGAUUGGUAUCCCCCCUGUUUUUGCUACGAAACUCACAUAUCCGGAACCCGUCACCCAUUACAACGUCAAGGAGAUGCGUCGUGCUGUUAUAAAUGGCCCAUCCAAGUGGCCAGGAGCUGCCUAUGUACAGCAUGAAGACGGAGCUCUGUCGUCACUCGCUAACUUGUCACUUGAAUCUAGAAUCGCACUUGCCAACCAACUCCUUACUCCACAGGAUUCUCAUAGCGGUGUUUCAACCACUUCACCUUAUCCUACACGUACUCAACCUACAAAUAAGAAGGUUUAUCGUCACCUUCGUAAUGGUGACUUGCUGUUGUUGAACCGUCAGCCUACUCUUCACAAGCCUUCGAUCAUGGCCCAUAAGGCUCGUAUCUUGCCUGGAGAGCGUACAAUUCGUAUGCAUUACGCGAACUGCAACACCUACAACGCUGAUUUCGAUGGAGACGAGAUGAAUGUACAUUUCCCUCAAAAUGAGAUUGCUAGAGCUGAGGCAAAAUUGAUUGCUAACACAGACUCUCAGUACUUGGUCCCUACGUCUGGUGCUCCUCUUCGAGGCCUGAUUCAAGAUCAUGUUGUCGCCGGUGUUUGGAUGACUAUUCGUGGAUCAUUCUUUGAUCGCUCCGAAUAUCAAUAUCUGCUUUAUGGUGCUCUUCGUCCUGAAAUUGACCGUACUGGCAAUGGCAAAAUUUUAACCCUCCCACCUACUAUCUGGAAGCCUGUUCCGCUCUGGACUGGUAAGGACGUCAUUACUGCCAUUCUUCAUAAUUUAACUAUCGGCCGUCCACCUCUCAGCAUGACUGCUGGUGCUCAGGUCAAGGCUCAGUACUUUGGGAAGGGUGGUGAAGAAGAAUCUAUUGUUCAGAUCAUGGAUGGAGUCUUGAUCACAGGCGUUCUUGAUAAGUCUCAGUUUGGAGCCAAGUCGUAUGGUCUUGUUCACAGCUGUUAUGAGAUAUAUGGCGGCGACAUUGCAGGCAAGCUGCUUAGUAUUCUGAGCCGUCUAUUCACUCGCUGGACUCAGCGUUGGGCUUUUACCUGUCGCAUGGAUGACUUGAGGCUCACUCCGGAAGGCGACAAGUGGCGCCAUGAUCUUCAGGACGGUGGCAAGGAUAUUGGUAGUAAAGCUGCACUCAAAUAUGCCAAAAUGGAUUGUACUGUCGAGCAGCUUAAGAAGAAUGGAAAGCUGCAGAAAGAAUUUAGAAACAAGCUUGAGACCGUAUUACGUUCAGAUGAACAACUGGCUGGACUUGACGCUACUAUGAAGUCUACUGUAAAUGAGUUGACUACAUCAGUGCAGAAUGCAUGCAUUCCUAAUGGGUUGUUGAAAAAGUUCCCAUACAACAAUAUGCAGACUAUGACCGUCUCUGGAGCUAAAGGUUCAUAUGUUAACGUAACACAGAUUUCCUGCGCUCUUGGUCAGCAGGAGUUGGAAGGUCGUCGUGUUCCUAUCAUGGUCUCUGGAAAGUCAUUGCCUUCAUUCGCUCCUUUUGACACAUCCGCCCGUGCUGGAGGCUAUAUCGCCGGACGUUUUUUGACAGGUAUCCGUCCUCAGGAGUAUUAUUUCCAUUGCAUGGCUGGAAGAGAAGGGUUGAUUGAUACUGCUGUUAAGACAUCGCGUUCGGGAUAUCUUCAGAGAUGUUUGAUUAAGCAUCUAGAGGGGCUGAAAGUUGGUUAUGAUCAGACAGUCCGUGACUCGGAUGGGUCAAUCUUGCAGUUCCAUUACGGUGAAGAUUCGCUUGAUGUGAUCAAGCAGGCUCACAUCAAUCAAUUCAAGUUCAGUGCCGAGAAUUCGCUUGCUCUUAUUGCAAAGUACAGACCUGCACAGGUGUUGCCACUCUUGGACCAAACAGAGGCAAUGGCUUACAAUAAGAAGGUGGCACGUAAACCCCACAAGUACGACCCAACCCUCAGCUUGUUCUCACCCAGUUCAUCCGUCGGAGCUGUUAGCGAGGCAUUUGAGAAGAAGCUUAAUGAUUACGUGGAGAAAAACCCCGACGGAAUCAUUCAGAACCCUGGUGAUGCUGUAACGAAGAAAUCGGAGCGUUACAAGGGACUAGACAAGAAGAAAUUUAAGGCAAUGAUGUAUCUUCGUUAUAUGAACUCUCUUGUUGAGCCUGGUGAGGCUGUUGGUCUGUUGGCUGCUCAGGGUGUGGGAGAACCCUCCACUCAGAUGACACUCAACACAUUCCACUUUGCUGGGUUUGGAGCUAAGAACGUCACGCUCGGUAUUCCACGUCUACGUGAGAUUGUCAUGACGGCUUCAACAAAACUCAAGACGCCUACCAUGAGUCUGAACAUUAGAGAAGGUGUUACAGAUAGCCAGCUGCAGUCGUUCUGCCAGGAUACGUCGCGAUUGACUCUUGCUCAACUGAUAGAUAGCGUCCAGGUCACUGAGCGGUUGAUCUCUAAAUCUGCUGCAACUAAUCAAAGACGCCACAAAGUUUUCGCUAUUCGUCUGAAUCUCUUCCGCGAGAGUGAGUAUAAGGCAGAGUAUGGUGUAACAUCCAAUGAUGUAGAGAGUGUAAUUGAACAUCAGUUUGUCAAAAAGCUUGAGACAGCCAUCCUCCGAGAUAUCCGUCGUGUAUACCGUAAGACCAAAGGAGUCAGUGAAGAUGAGAUUGGCAAGCCCAGCAAAGUUAAAGAGACUGUGGCUGGUGACGAGGAUCACGAUGAUGAAGCGGAAGUGUCGCGUCAUGAUGCUGGUGGUGAUGAGAGUGACGAUGGAGAUGGAGAUGCUACAUCUGCAAAGCUCAUGAAGAGGAGCAAGCAGCAAGCCUCAUAUGAGGGACCUGAUUCGGAAGAUGAGGAGGUUAUCAAGUCUGCAGACAAGGCCCAAAAGGAGCUGGAUGGUGAAGAUUCUGAUGUCAGCUCUGAUUCAAGUGAUGAUAGUGCAGAUGAAGUUGAAGAUGAGGCUGAUAAGCGUAAGCGUCAAGCCCGCACAGCCAAGCAGACUGAGAGGCGUGAGAGGAUGAUGGAGGAAAACCGGAAGGAUCGUGAAGAACGGCUCUGUGCUGCUAGUCCUUAUGUCCAGCGUUAUUCAUUUGACAACGAGCAUGGAUCAUGGUGUGAGAUUGAGAUGCAUUUCCCUGCAGAUACGAAGAAGCUUUUAAUGGUCAAUCUAAUUACUGCUGUCGCGCCAAACUGUGUUAUCCAUGAGAUCAAGGGCAUUGAGCGGGUGUUCAUGUCUGAGGACGAGAAGGGUAAACCUCAGAUUGCAACCGAGGGAGUGAAUUUGAAGGGAAUUUGGGAGUAUUCAGACCUGAUUGAUGUUAACACUAUCUAUUCCAAUGACAUUGGCGCCAUCUUGAGGACCUAUGGUGUGGAAGCUGCUCGUAGUGCCAUCAUUCAAGAGAUCAGUGGAGUAUUUGGUGCCUACGGCAUCGAUGUGGAUCGCCGACACUUGACGUUGAUUGCUGACUAUAUGACUUUUGAGAGUGGAUUCAAACCGUUCAACCGAAUGGGAAUUGAGUCCUCUACAUCGCCAUUUUUGAAAAUGUCGUUCGAGCGUACUUGUCACUUCUUGACACAGGCAACUCUGCAUGGAGAUUAUGAUGCCUUGGAUUCACCAUCAGCCCGUCUAGUUCUGGGCAAAGUAGUUGAGGGCGGAACAGGUUCAUUCGAUGUGAUGCAGCCCCUUGUUCCUGAGACGAUGGAUGUCUAGUCCGAAUAGCAAAGCAUUUAAACAUUUUUUUUUACGAUAGACAUUCCACACAAAAACAAACACAUGUUUCAUUAAGCAAAAUAAAAGCU